CCUGCCCUAUGAUUCAGUCUCUUGCGAUCUUUUGAAACAUCAUGAAGUGUUUUCUUCUAGUUAUCGUUGGACUAGCUCUACUGUGCAACACCACUUGUCUUGUCACAACACGUCCAAAAACCGUGGAAGUGACAACAGAUAUUCUUGAAAAUGAUACGGAGAAUAUUGAACUCAAAGACAAGAAAAAGAAUUUCUCUGAAAAACUUGAUAAGGAUAUUUAUUUAGAAGAUGUGGUUUUCGCGUUGCAAAAUCAAGAUUGGAAUAAACAGGAAGAGGCUUGUUUGAAUCAGACUUUGAUGCUGAUUCGGAAUUUGCGGAAUUUCACGCUAUGGGCAGUUUGGGAUUGGGAUUCUAUAGCAUCAGAGCCGCAAGGCCUGCUCUUCGGAAACCGCUACCAGCUAGGGAAUUUUGACGAAUGCCUGAACCCGCCUUGGAUCCCGUCCCGCCCAGAAUUGAAAACGCAGUAUUGCUUGGCAGAUAUAGUACUGGAAAGAACGGAUAAUGCUGUCAAGAAACGGUAUAUUAUGGGAGUGGAUCCGGAUCAGUCAGUACUGGACUACCUAGAGGUUCACCCACCUCACACGAGACCCCUAAAUGAGUUGACCUGGGGAGUCUGCGUCCCGGCCUCCUGCGGUCCCGGCUCCGUGGAGCGACUGAUGAGAACCAUGCUAGCGCGCAGCCAUCUUGGAAUAGCGGGCAUACGACCGAGGAUCACCACCGGGGGCUGCCAGAAGCAGGGAGAGGAGAGACCGUACGAUGCUGCCUUUUGGGCGUUCAUAAUUGUUAUGGCUGUCCUAGUUAUUACGUCAUUGGUCUGCACCUAUCUUAACAGCGGAAGAUUCAAGUGUGAGCCGACAACACUAAAAGAUGACAUCAUAGAAGCAUUCUGCAUUAGAGAGAACGCGAACAACCUGCUGAAAAUGCAUAAAGACGGCAUUGAAGUGUUCUACGGGAUUCGGUUUCUGGGUCUGUGCGGCAUUGUCGUUGUGCACCAACUAGGCAUACUUAAUGCAGGGGCCGUGAGCAAUGGAAAACAAGUCGAUCAGUCAAUGCCCGGUCCCGGCGGCUGGAUCACCCUCCACGACGACCUGUUCGUCGACACGUUUUUCCUCCUCUCCGGGUUCCUGACUGCGACCGCCUUCAGUCAGAUGAAGAGGUUCCCUAACCCGCUAUUCGCCAUUUUAAAAAGAUAUAUCAGGCUAGUGCCAGCGUUUGCAAUAGUGGUAUUCUUCAUCAGCGCAGUGUACCCCUACACUGGCUCCGGACCGAUGUGGCCGAAGCUCGUUGAGACGGAAACCGGCACAUGUCGCAAGAAUUGGUGGCUCAGUCUGCUCAUGCUGAAUAACUACAUCGACAGUGAGCAUAUAUGUCUCGUGGUCUCCUGGUACAUUCCCUGCGACUUCCAUUUCUCCUGCGUAGCCAUUCUCCUGUACUGGCUGUACACGCGCCAACCAAAGCUCGGCCUGGUCUGCGCAGGGGCCAUCAUAGUCGCCUCGAUUUUGUUGCCUGGAGUGCUGACUUACAAGUACAACUGGAAUCCCAUACAACUGUUUACCUUCGAAUUUGUGUCAAACCCGCGGGGCAGCUCAGACUUCCACCACAUGUAUAUCAAGAGCCACCACCGCGCAGCCUCCUACAUCGUCGGCUUCUUCAGCGGGUUCAUUUUCAUCAAGAACAAGAGAGAAAAUGCGAUGAGGAUAUCACGGAAAUGGGCCGUCCUCGGUUCUAUAUCAGGCAUCGUCAUCAUGCUAGCGGUGCUCAUAAGCGGGACUACUUUCCUAUGGCGCUCGUACCACCCCAUAGAGGGCGCUGUGUAUGCCGCCAUCAAUCGACCCCUCUGGACCGUCGGCGUUGCUAUGUUGGUGUUGUGCUGCUCGUUAGGACACGUCCCUCUUAUAAAAGCCGGUUUAAGUUGGUACGUCUGGGUGCCGCUGAGCAGGUUGUCGUAUGGCCUGUAUUUGACCCACACCCUUAUCUACAUGAGAAGUGUUUUCGUCGCUCGAAACUCUCAGCACUACGAUUAUGGUGACAUAUUCACUGCCGCAGCGGGUGUAAUAUUCUGGGGCUGUAUAGCAGCUUUUCUGAUCUGGCUGAUUGCUGAGGCGCCUGCCAUCCGGUUGUUUGACAUCUUUGUCAAACGGGUGCUAAUGAAACACACAAGAGAACGUAAAGUAGAAGAAAAGUCCGCCACCCAACAAACGAGUACCGACAGUACACCUGGCAGUAGUUCGGGACAUCUACAGGACAACCUGCCUACUACCGUGCAGUUUUCCUCUAAAGUGUAAAUUUCAAGCUAAUAAAACACCCAAGAGAACAUAAAGUAGAAGAAAAGUCGGCCACCCAAACUAGUACCAACACCAACAUUACACCUGGCAGUAGUUCGGGACAUCUACAAGACAACCUGCCUACUACCGUGCAGUUUUCCUCUAAAGUGUAAAUAUCAAGUCAAUGAAACACCCAAGAGAACGUAGAGCAGAAGAAACGUCGGUCACCCAACAAACGAGUACCUACCAACAGUACACCCGGCAGUAGUUCGGGACAUCUACAGGACAACCGGCCUACUACCGUGCAGUUUUCCUCUAAAGUGUAAAUUUCAAGCUAAUAAAACACCCAAGAGAACGUAAAGUAAAAGAAAAGUCGGCCACCCAAACUAGUACCAACACCAACAUUACACCUGGCAGUAGUUCGGGACAUCUACAGUAAGACAACCUGCCUACUACCGUGCAGUUUUCCUCUAAAGUGUAAAUUUCAAGCUAAUGAAAUACACAAGAGAACGUAGAGCAGAAGAAACGUCGGUCACCCAACAAACGAGUACCAACAACUAGUACACUUGGCAGUAGUUCGGGACAUCUACAGGACAACCUGCCUACUACCGUGCAGUUUUCCUCUAAAGUGUAAAUUUCAAGCUAAUAAAACACCUAAGAGAACGUAAAGUAGAAGAAAAGUCGGCCACCCAAACCAGUACCAACACCAACAUUACACCUGGCAGUAGUUCGGGACAUCUACAGGACAACCUACCUACUACCGUGCAGUUUUCCUCUAAAGUGUAAAUUUCAAGCUAAUAAAACACCCAAGAGAACCUAAAGCAGAAGAAAAGUCGGCCACCCAACAAACCAGUACUAACACCAACAUUACACCUGGCAGUAGUUCGGGACAACCUGCCUACUACCGUGCAGUUUUUACUUGAAGAUCUAUAAGUUCAUAUGUAAAUUGGACGACAAUGCAAUAUUAUGUUAUCAUCGAGGUGAUCUAAUGAUGGAUACAGGAGGUGGCCAAAGUUUGUGACCGUGCCUACCAAAUCGUACCUACAGCACUCAUUAAUACCUACCUUUACUCUUUCAGACAUUAUAUCUGAACGUAUAUUUUUAUGUUUAAGGCAAUGAUGUUAAAGCUUAGUAUACGUAAACCAGUAAAAUUAAGUAGGAUAUAAAUAGUGCAAAAAUUAAAAUAAAGUUAAAUCUAGAAAAAUGAUUUUAUUAACCCUUUGAGGUGAUUUUCAAAUUAAUAACUUUUUUGAAACGUAUGUAUGCAACUUAUAGAAAAAGACGCAAACCAACAAACUGCCUAUAAUCAUCUUAGAUUAUUCAUCUAUAACAAAAAUUAAAAAAAUAUAUAUUUAUUAUAAAUAAAAGCACAACUGAGAAUAACGCCAUCUGUCAGUAACCCUGCAAACUACGAGCGCUCGGUGCCUUUUCUCGUACUGCAGCAAGACCAUACACCUGUACAUACAAUAGUAUGGGACUUAUACACUAGGUGGCACUACUAACCUCCUUUUCUAAUAACUACGGCAAGAUGUGAUUUAACACUACCUGCCCAUUCUACUAAGUACCUAACUUAAAACUGUAUGAGUCUUAGGCUGCCUCAUGAAAAUAAAUUGUGUAAUAUGAGAA